CGCCCGCUCCCAGCCGGCCGCCAACGUGCUGCAGGUGCCGAACCUGAACGGCCUGAUGGGCGCCACGCUGGGCAGCCAGGUCAGCAUCCAGAACAUCCCCGGCCUGGGCCCGGUGCAGGUGAUCUCGGCGCAGGGCCUGCAGCAGCUGCUGCAGCAGCCCAGCCAGACGGUGCACACGCUGCCGGGCGGCGCCCAGAUCAUAGCGGGCGCCGCGGCUGCCGGGGCCGCGCCUGUGGUCGCCGCCCCGGAGGCCGAGGCCGGCAACAAGCUGAUCCAGAUGCAGAUGGUGGGCGGACAGCUGGUGGCGCAGGUGCCGCCGGCGUCGCCCGACUGCAGCAGUGGCGAGGAGGGCCCCAAGACGCGGCUGCGGCGCGUCGCCUGCUCGUGUCCCAACUGCCGCGACACCGACGGCAACAAAGUGAUCAACCCGGACAGCGACAAGAAGCGGGUGCACAUCUGCCAUAUUCCCGGCUGCGGCAAGAUGUACGGCAAGACAUCCCACCUGCGCGCCCACCUGCGCUGGCACAGCGGCGAGCGGCCGUUCGUCUGCAGCUGGGUCUACUGCGGCAAGCGGUUCACGCGCUCAGACGAGCUGCAGAGGCACAAGCGAACACACACAGGCGAGAAGCGCUUCCAGUGUCCCGAGUGCUCCAAGCGGUUCAUGCGCUCUGACCACCUGAGCAAGCACGCUAAGACGCAUCUCAAGCUGAAGGCCGGCGAGGCGGGUCAGCCGGGGUCGCCUCGGAUCCUGUACACCGAGUCGGUGUUAGAGUGUGAGGACCCGGACAGCCUUGAACAGGACAUCGACAGCCCGGACCCGAUCGGCGACGAGAGGAAGCUGCUCAUCACGAUGGAGCACCAGGCCGACCAAUCGCAGCUCGCCAUCGGCGACGGCAUGAACUCAUUGGACACGGGCGCGAUGACGUAGCGCGGCGCGGCGCGGCCGUCGGCGCGCGCGGUUGAGGCCCGACUGACCGCUGGUGCGCGCGGCCGCCUGUGAUGAUUUUACAAAUGGUACGUUUUCGGACGCGAUAGAUUUCCACGAGAUUAGAUGCAGGGCUGCAAUGGAGAGGUCUGAACGGCCCGUCGCCCCGCGAGCGGUGCGAGUGUGAAUCUCACGGGGCGCCCUGUGCCGGUGACUGGACGGCACCGGCGUGCCGGCGGCACCGGUGUGUCGACGGCACCGUUGUGGCGUGCCCACGGGCGUCACGUGAAGCAUCCGAGAGCUGCGCCCGCUCACGGUCGCCUAGAAUCAACGCUCAGAUUGGAUUCGUUGGCGCUCUGUAUACUUUUAUGGGAGAACUCGCUCUUUUUAUACAUUUUGUACCGUAGGUUUUGACAACUCGCAUGCCAUCCGGGCGUGGACGUUGUUUCUACGCGUGCUGCAUACAAGUACAAUGCUGUGGCAUGGUAGUAUUUAUUUUUAGGCAUUAUUUUGUGUUGAGCCCCACCCGUCUUGCCGCAACGAGUGUGUAACUCCUGGAGUUGACUGCGGCUACUAUUCCGCUGCUUUUGUCUGCUGGCUGUGGGGGAGAGCACAAUGUACAGUUGGUUUUGUCUUUCAGUAGGAUGAUACAUGUACUGCUGACCAUGGAUGGCCGGUCAUGUACCCUGAGACGUGCGUGGGCGCCCGCCUCUAUCACGCAUCCCGCUCGGGGAGCUCCGUGGUGGCUGGCGAUGUUUUGGAAAACGACAAAUUGUUUAUUACAAAUUGCCACUGAAUACAGCUGUGAACAGCUUGUUUGCCGGUUCGGGUCGUGGUUAGCGGGAUGUUCGUCUGCGUUUCCGGCGCGCUUUAAGCAAAUCUGACAAUGCAGGCUCGUUUCAUUCUUGCGUUUAACGCAAUGCAGUGCCGCGAUGCGGCAGUUUCCUUGGUUUGUGCCUUAUUGUGUGUGUUGCUCGUGAACGCAUGGCUCUACAAUACAAACCACGCAUGCGGUUAAGUAUAGGAUGUCUGAUAAAAACGGCCGAGGUGGAAAUUACGUCUAUUUUCCGCGGUAAGAACAAGGCAAGCUAUUUCGUGCAUGCCAAAAGAAGCCGCACGUUGUGUGGAGCGCGACUAGUGCCGCUCGCCGGUUAAGGAACCAUAUUCUGCGAAUAUCGUCGCUGGUGCCGCAGCCAUGCAUUCAGCGAGUUAACCCGGUGCAGAAUCAACCGGUAUGGGUAGACCGGCAUAGUAGGAAACGGGUAUGC